ACCCGUCAGAUGACAUAUCAAUCUUGUACCUGCUACAACAAAUAGGCCGCAGCAAUAUACGGGACGCACCAGGGGUGAAUAUAAAUAGCAGAAGACCCUUUCAUAAGUACUUUGAAGAACACAGUUACACCACAGCCACAACACAUAUGUAUUGACGUGCUCAUACACCCGAUCUACCAGUCGCAAACCUGUUUCGUCCCUCAACUUCUAAGAAUGGAAAUACCUCCGCUGGAUACACGUCUGCGGGAUAACAUGAUAUCGCUUCUAUGUUUCCCAUGUAAAUGUUAUUGAUUCCAUUUAUCUAUUGGAUGGGGAAUAUGUGUUUUUUCAAUGUCUGCUGUGUUCGUCGGCUGUGAGUGUAGACAGGAGGCUGAUUCCAGCUGACGGUGGACCAAAUACAAUGAAGAGGAGAAAAUGCGUCGCCAUGUUGGUGUUCUCGUGGGCUAUUGUUGUGGUGUUAACAUGCAUCGGCAUGGCGGAAGGUUUGACCACAUGUCUGGAUGAUAUAGUUUAUCAGGAUGGAAGGAUCAAUCUGAACAUCGCUCUGUCCGAGCUGAAUGGAUACAAUGGGAACUGCUCUUGCAAAUUACAGAGGGUCAAUAUCGACUCUAAUGUGACAAUUACGGCCAACGAUGUAACUAAAAUGUGUGAGGUUGGUGUAUUGACAAUAUCAACCUGGGAUAUAUGUGAACAAGUCCAGCAGGGAGUUACAACAUGGAACCUAUACCUUUCUGUUAUUGAGCAGAAGAUAUUGCUUGACGUAACAGACAACAAGAACCAGUCUGUUGGGGGAAUGAUAAGCUUUACAUCAUUAAAAACCAUAAGUCUUCGGUGUCGAGGAGCCAAUGUGAUUAUACCGGAAACAACAACGCCAAAAAUAACAACGACACCCAUCACGACGACAACAACGGAAGGGCCCAUUGAAGGGACACUUCUGGCUUCAGCGUUCGGUGUGUUUGGUGGAUUUGUCAUAUUGCUUGUACCAGUAUUUCUCUGUGUAAGAUACAGAGAAAGGAGGAGAGAGAAGCACAACGCAAAGAAGGCAAAUGCAGAACAAUCAGUACAAGCCGUAGCAAGGGAAAACAAAGACCCAGAGAUGCUGAGGUACUCAUGGUUUAAAACUCUGACUAUUAGGAUAAAGCGACUCUACUAUGGAGAGCCUAGACGAGGAAGGUCGCGGAGCCGAAGACGUCCAGCGCCCACAGGCUCUCAGGCAGGAAGAAGGUUUCGGAAACUGUUUGCCAGCAGGAAGGGUUCUCCUAGUUCUACAAGCACUAACAGUUUAAGCGCCAGUCAGGGUCCAGAUAACAAUGUGCCUGAAGUUCUAAAUGAAGAAGAUAAUGACGAUGUCUUUGAUGUCGUGAGUCCCCAACAAGGUGGUGGAAUUUUCAUGGACCGGUGCAGUUUCAAUGAAGAGCUGAUGGACGUUCCUGAAGAGGCGUCCACCUCGGUAGAUGUCCAUUACGAUUCUCUUGUGCCAAACCAGCAUGCCGGUGACGAUAAUCAGCAUGACGUGAGUGAUGAAACAGUUGAAGGAGAAUUGGUUAAUUCCUUGUUCUCGGGUGUGGGUGACGAUGAGGAUACCGAGCACUCUCCCGGCAUAGGGAAUCUGAAAGUGGACGUGGAAGGUUCAAUUGAGAACAACAACGGUCUCACUGAGACUCAAAGGAAAUAUCUCGUUGGUGACGAACAGGUGACCGCAAUUCCUGAUUCUGAGGUCAAUCAAGACAAAACGAACGGGACAGGAAUAUUAGCCAAUGGCCACCCCCCUGACUAUGUCAAUGCAAUGUAUGCAGUGCCUAUCAAGCCACCUAAAAAGGCAAAUGGUACCUCACAUUUAAGAAUGUAACGGGUGGAUUGUGCCUUGGCUGGAUGUAUAUAUCUUUAAUGAGUAUGUGUUGAAAAAGUAGAGUGAAACAAACAAAGCCAAAAUAGACGGUUUCAUUCGUAUGGAUACCAUGUUGCACUUGUGUUGAGCUAUUAUGCUUGUUGAAACAUGAUACAUGAUGUUUUUAAAUACUUCACCAGCUACCGGUGAUGGCGCUUGCUCAAUAUAAUACAGGAGAGUGGGAGAGUAGUAAACAGGAAACUGAGUUUAAUAUUAUGUAUAUUUGUAGGAGUAACACGAACCUUAAAUGCAAAAUUAUAGCAUGGGGAAUGUUUAGAUUCUUUGUUUUGAAAUUGAAAAUUUCCAAUUUAAACUCUUAUAUUAUCUGACACUUUUGCUGUGUCAGGAAACAAACACUUUUCAUGCACAUUGUGUGAGUGGGGGUACUACCGGGUGGGUAGGACAUGCUCAUCCUUAUUAUGAACACCUGGUGUCGUCAUCGAUUUUCAGUGAUCCAUCCAAAUAAUUCCCACCGCUAUAACACGCCUAAUGGAAUCUGUUCGAGACUGAUUAUUCUCUGGCGUAGACGUGUUGUAUUUGCAUAAAUAUAACACGUCAACGCCAGGGAAUAUCCUGUCCCAACGCCAAAACAAAUUCCAUAGGAUUUUAAACUCAAACAGCACUAAACAUUAUAUGACUGGACCACUGAAAAUCAGUGACACCAGAAGGUGUUCGUGGUAAGGAUGUGCUCCGCUACCGAACAGCAAAGGUCAGCUUCUGAUUUUGUUCAGGUUUAAUUCAGUUCUUUACCCUACUGCAACACGUAUAAAAAAGCAAUUUGUCGAAUUGACUUAUUCUUUUCGCCAUAUAUUCGUAAAUCAAAGUGAGUGUAACUUUAUAAGAACAGUGCUUUACGAAAGUAUACAUAUAGUUUCUUCCCAUGUGAAGCAUCAGUUGGGUGAUACGCUAUAACCAACAACAUGGAUCUUUGUGUGAGAUGUCUUGUUCACCCAUGUGUAAUGUAUACCCGGAUUUACAUCUUUCGCGACAUAUUUUCAUUGGAAUUUGAAAUAAAUGGGCUUGUGAAUGUAUUCUGUGAUGCGAAGAAACACCCUUAAUGUGUCUCUCCCACUGACAGCUGUGCUUUAGCGUUGAUGGGCCAGAGGCUGUUCAGUUUUCCAACGGUCGGUGUACAUUCUAUUGACCGUUGUGGAACCCGGCCCAGUCACGAUCGCUGUGUAGGUUUGGGCAUGUUGUCUGUAUGCGUGGGCCUACUGUAUGGAAGUAUUUUAUCAUACCUUUACAUUUAUUCAAACCCUCUAUGAAAACACGGUUCUAUUAUUAUCAGCACGUACCUCUGUGUCCAAUGUUUGUGGACUUAGGGUACGUAAACCAGUUAGACAAGUAUGCCUCUGGGAGUGAUUAUGUUUGGAGUGUUGUCCUCAAAUACACGCAUACAUUUGAACCCUGCAUACACUCGCAAACAUUUCCAUCCGAGGUGAACGUUGUGUGUCGUGGGAACAACUCACUCGUGAUACAUCAAGAAUUUAACGAAGACGCGUGCACUUUGUUUUCAUAUCAUCAUAUACAAAAUGUUGUACUAUUUGGCUAUCUGAAUUUGAACAGUAAACGUACAUUUUGUAUAACUAUGUCACUAGCAUAUUGUGCAUGUAUGUAUGCCCAAAUCAUGUUACAGUAAACUACGGUUAUAACGAACACGCUUAUAACGAACUGACGGAUAUAACGAACUUAUUUUUUAGUCCCGACUAUUUGCUGUAGUUGUACCGUAUAUAUGCUUAUAACGAACUACGGUUAUAACGAACUAAAAACAGUAGUCCUUUUGAGUUCGUUAUAACCGUAGUUAACUGUAUUUAUGUGAAAAAUUCUUGGACGUUGAAAAUGAAUGUAACAACAACUGACUUCAUUUUAUCUAUAAAAUCUCAAACGAGCACCCGAGGUUAUUGACUUUAAUUGAUUCCAUUAUGUAAGCAAUUAGUCAGAGGUUUUAUUAUAGCCUGACUAGGACGAUAAAACACGCUCCACAGACGCUCAGUAAAACGCUACUAUGUAGUUAAAACAUAAUUUUUCUCCUUCAAGUUAUAAAUAGUAUUUUUAUUACCUAUAGUGUAUAGUUCACCACGAUCGAAGGAUAACAUACCAAUUUUUUAAAGGCCUACGGGUCAUUAGGUUACCUAGAAUGCCAUGGCGACGGUCAUAUCGAUGAGACAAACAAUAACGCUUGUUCGGGCGUCUUGAUCCGGCAGAAAUGAUGUUGAUGGAAAAAUAAUUUGUCCCAACCGUCGUUGCAUGUCAUGAAUUUUGUAUGUGUAGUAACCUGUUCUAGAUAAUCGCUCCCUUGUAAUGAAUACUUCAUGAAUAUAAAAUAUGAUUCUAGAAACUAGACAAAUGGAAUUUGUAUACAGGUAAUUUGCAUGUCUUUCAUCGCUACCGAGAUUACCCCACCGAGUCUGGUGAUGUACAUAAUUUGAACACAACACGCUGACAUUUCAGAAUUGAUGCAUUGCGUUUUAUAAUACCAUUGCCUAAUACAUUAUACCAUCUGUUUUUUCUAUUACAGGAGGCAGCAACUGCCUUGUAAAUGCUUAUAAAACAGGAUGUAUUUAUCUGGCAUUCAGAUCAAAAUGUCUCAUGUGAUAAAAAAAGCUCUUUGAUGUCUAGUAUAAUGUGAUACAUUGUUGUGAUGCGUAUAAGUGUGUAUUGUAUCGUGUUUUAUAGCCUUGUAAUUCUGAUAAGGAAUUCGCCUUGUCAGAAUGUUCAAUGUACUUAAACUGCAGGACAGUUUGCUAUUUGAUUAUGAUAGAGAUAUGGUACGUAUGCUAUAUUUAAGAUAUAUAUACUAGUACAAGUGCUUAUGUAUGUAUUUCCUAUGUAAAGAUAUUACAAUUAUGCAUACAUGAUUCCUAUAAUUUUAAAUGUAAAACAAUCCUAUGUUAAAUCAAAAUAUGACCAUCAAAUGUGUAGAUUAUCUGUUUACUGUUAAUAACAAUAACCCCUGGAUGAUGGAGGGAAUGUAGAUAAUAUCAAUAUACGUGUACAUAAAUGAAUACCGUAUUCGACGUAAUAAGCGUCCCGCUCUAAUAAGCGCCCACGGUGACAUUUGCUGAUAUAUUGGCUGGUGAAGAAUCCCAAUUAGCACCCCUUCCGAUUGAUCAAUGUUCACAAGACUUAUUUAUUCGCGUUUAAUACACACUCGUGUGCUAUAUAUGCACCCUUAAUUAUGGGCAAUAAAGUUCUGGAAAAAAUAUAUCUGUCGUACAUUAACAUUUCAGACUGUCAGCAUGAAAUUUAUCUUUCAACUCUGUCUUUUUUCACCAAAAUAAUAUUCUAAUAAGAGCCCCCUAUUUCUAAUUUUGAGAGCGCCCUGGGCGCUUAUCACGUCGAAUACGGUACCCGUUGUUAGUGAAGGAAACAAGACACCCGGUGUUGUGUCUGCUCCUCACCUGGGACGAUUGAGUGAGGCUGUUACCUGCUUUGAUAUUUUUUCCUGUAGCAAAUCAACAAGAUAAGGCUUCAGAAGUGUACAUAGGUGUAGAGUCAAACGCAGGCCCUGGCGUGUGAUCACGUUGAUCCAAGGGUCGUGGGUUCGAAUCCUAGAUUCGCUCCGAUUAUAAUACUUUGCCAGUUUCCAAUAUAGCUGUGUAAUGUCAUCAACUCAUAUACUGCCUCACGUUGGGUUGUCCCCCCAUAAUAUGCUGACACACUAUGUUUACUCAUCUUCUCGAAGCAAGGGAGUUAACUGACUAUAAAGUCCAGUUUCCACCCUUGUCGAAACUGGUUGGAAUUUCUUGGCUCGUUCGUAGUGGUGAUUACCACUAACUGUCACGAGUUAUGUCCUUUCUAUGUUCCUUCGAUUGACCAAACAGACUCCACCUCUCAUAUCAUUUGCAUUUACUUAAACAAAUUGGCGGCACUCAUUCAAAACGAUCUGAUCGAUAAUCAAGAUCUAUAUUGUAAAAAAAACCCGGGUCUUACGUCGCGAGGUGCAUGGAAUGGAACUGGACUUUUAUAGUCAGUUAGCGCCCUUGCCUCGGGAAGAUGUGAUCACUCAACUGAUAUUUUAUACGGAUCUCAACCCUAUCCAAUUCACAUUAGGUUUCCCAUGGAAUGAAGAGUAAUUGAUCUCAACAGUGGCAACUGCAAUUCUAUUGUACAUUCCUUAAAAACGUACAUCCGUCAUAUAGUUUCCAUUAACGAAGGACUGGAUGUAGCACGUGUGAUGAAUACUACUAUAUGCAGGCAUCGAUGAAGCAUUGGACUAACAGACUCGUAUGGUGAUUAAUGUCCCGAUUGUCUUGAAUUACGGCAUUCCAUUCUAUGUUAGAAAUACUUGGAAAUCUGUGCCUAGAUUAUAACAAUUGUUUGAUAUAUGUGACAUUCUAUUUUUCUAUAUUAUACAAUGUUAUAUAGUAAAAA